AUGUCGGAAUUUGUUUGCACGCCUAUUAUGGGCGUCAAGUUCGAGCUCACCUCUCGCUAUUCGGAUCCAUUGCCUGUUGAGCUAGACGCAUUUGGGCUGAUUUGCUCCGCAAAGGAUCGCAUUCUUAACAAACUGGUCGCUAUCAAGAAAAUCACUAGACCGUUUGGGUCUUCUACGCUGGCGAAGAAUGCCCUUCGAGAAGUGAAACUUCUAAGAUAUAUGCGACAUGAAAAUAUAAUCGGUCUUGCCGACGUCUUCAUUUCUCAGAAAGAAGAUUUAUAUAUUGUGACGGAUCUAAUGUGGACUAAUCUGCAAGUCCUCAUUUCAAAAGGUCCCCUCCAUAACGACUUUGCAAAAUGCUUUCUAUAUCAAAUUCUGCGUGGAUUGAAAUAUGUUCACUCGGCCGGCAUCAUACACCGUGACCUGAAACCAACUAGCAUACUUGUUGAUGAGAAUUGCGACUUGAAAAUAUGCGAUUUUGGUCAUGCUCGAGUUCAAGACAUCAAAAUGACCGGUUAUGUCGCAACGAGAUACUAUCGUGCUCCAGAGAUCAUGCUUAGUUGGCAAGAAUAUUCCGAAAAAGUGGAUAUCUGGGGCGCUGCGUGCAUUUUGGCAGAGAUGCUGAGAGGGACUCCAUUAUUUCCAGCUAACAACUAUCCUGAUCAAUUUACCCUUUUCGUUGAAUUGCUGGGCAAUCCAUCGAAACGUAUAGUGGAAAGGAUUAAGAAUAAGAAUACGAGAGCUUUUGUCCAGUCUCUUCCACAGUGCGAGCGACAGCCAUUGAAAGAGACAUUCCCCGAGAUGGAUCAAGAAGCUAUCGAUAUCCUUGAGAAAAUGCUUUCCUUCGACGUCGAUGAGCGCAUCAGCGCAGAGAACGCGCUAUUGCACCCUUACGUGGCAGCUUACCACGACCCCACGGACGAGCCGGUAGUAGACACACCAUUUGACUGGCGUUUCGAUAACGCCGAAGUGAAUAUCGAUGCCUGGAAAACCGCAGUGUGCGUCCCCUUAAACCAUCAAACAGAAUCAAGCUAA